AUGUCACUGCUUGGCAAAUCGCCACGAUACUCGACUUCGCCCCCCGCCGUCGGGCGAGGCUACCUUGGCAAACGAGUCCAGCGCAACAUGAUAAUCGCCCUUUGCGCUCUCUGCGCCCUCGCUGCCUUUAGCUUCCUCACCCGAUCGAUGCGCCCCGCCAAACCGUUGGAGCAGCACUUUAUUCCCCUGUGGCCCGACGUCCACGAGCCAUACCGCAUUGUCACCACCUCGGACUUCCGCCCCGUCUCCAUGCCGCCGCAAAACAAGACCAUGGACCAGCUAUGCUCGAGUUUCCCCAACCACCUCCUCCAGACCAUUCAACCUAUCCUCAAGACGGGCUUUACCGAUGAUCCCAACCGUAUGCCCGGUCAAUUUGACGGCGCCAGUGCUUGUUUCAAGCCCGGCGAGCUGCUCGUCUUUUCGGAUGCGCCUGGCAACAUGUCGGGCCACGAGGUUAUUGACAUUCUCGCCCUCUUGCCCGACACCUACCACAGCUUCUCCGAAUUCAAGCCUUAUCUCGAGCAGCGUCGCAUGCUCGAGAAUGGCUCCGCCUACAAGUACCCCGAGAGGCUCAAGACGAUCAACGGUUGGAAGCUUGACAGAUUCAAAUUUGUCCCUGCUGUCGAGCAAGCAUGGCUCAUGAAGCCCAACCGCGACUUUUAUGUCUUUUAUGAGUCGGAUACUUAUGUCUUUUGGGACAAUCUGUUUCGAUUUCUCAAGACAUUGGACCCGGAUGUGCCCCUCUACAUGGGAUCUUCCACCCCGGGACGACGCGACAACGUUAAUUACGGCACCACCUUUGCCAACGGCGGCCCUGGCUACGUCCUCAGCCGCGCCGCCGUCAAGCGUCUGCUACACCGCGAAACUGACCGUACUGGCCAUUUCGUGGGCCCUUCAUUUACCGAAAAGUGGCGCUAUCUCGUCAACGAUGACGAACCAUGCGGUGACAACAUUUUGGGCUAUAUCCUGUGGUUGUCUGGUAUUGAAAUGCAGGCGCUGUAUCCCAUGUUCACCCAGCACGUUUUCCACACGGUGCCCUUUGACUCAAUGCGCUGGUGCUCUCCCAUAUUUACCUUUCACAAGCCAUCGCCGGAACAAAUGCGCGGCCUGGCUCGCUGGGAGUAUGGCGCGCGAAACAAUUCGCAUCCCGCGAGGUACGCUGAUGUCUGGGACUUUUACAAGCCCGGAUCUGAGCAAAUGCGCGACAAUUGGAGAAAUAAUGACGUACUAUGCCGCAAAGCCUCUUCCUCCAGCAUCAAGUCUGCGAAAGACUGCGAGGCGCAUUGCCGCUCGUUACCCGAAUGCCUCCAAUGGACAUGGCGCGGCAGCCCGACCAGGGAGUGCUUCGUCGGUGAGGGCGUCUUUUACUAUGGCGAGACUUGCGAGGACUCGACAUCAGGUUGGCUGCCAGACCGCAUCAACAAGUGGAAGGACGACCAUGAGUGCCAGGAUACCUUCUGGCAUGGGCCCAGCCGCACGAGGGUGUAUAUCCCAGGCUAA